AUGAGAUACUCGUUUGUCCUCGCUGCUGUCGCGGCUCUUGAGUCUGUCGGAGAAUCCUCGACCAACGUUAGUGUCAAUACCGAGGCCGGACCAAACGAGGCCGGGGGCGAGGCCCGCGGCUCCAUCUUUGGCGAUAAUGGCGUUGUGGCAGUCAACUUGAGGCUCAGCGCCAACGACGUGGCUGAGGAAAUCAAACGGGCUGACCUCCCGGACCAGGUCGUCACCCAACUUUCCGGGGCGGCUGAAAACACAGAGGGGGGCGGCAAAAUAGAGACGGAACAGGACCUCGCCAACGUUGCCGGUGCCCUUGGUAAGGCCGCUGCUGAUGCCACGGCCAACAACAACGCCACCCAAGCCUCGUCGGUCUUGGCAUCUAUCAGGGGUGUCGUGCGCAACGCCAUGGGCCAGAGCGUUGCCUCGGAUGUCGUCAUCGGUGCCUGCGUUGUCGCCGCCUCUGUCGGAGAGGAGCUCAACGUCGUUAUCAAGGUUACUAUGGAUACCAUCAAGGCUCUCCAAAAAGCCGCCAAGAAGCCUCGGCAACCCCCGGCGAACUGCGCCUCUGAUAUUUGCCGCACUGCCAUUGAGUCCGUCGUCGAACUACUGAGCCAGGGCAGCAACCACGAUGUCGCAGCCACUUUCCUCGUGGCCAUCGAGGCCCUAGGCAACCACAAGUCUGUCAACGUUAGGGUCGAGGCUGACUUUGCCGAAAAUGUGGCGGCCGUGACCAAGAUUGGCCAGGUCGUUCAGACGCUGAAGCUCGACGCCACGGCCGCCAAGCAGGUCACUGACGAGGCUGGCCAGGCCGCCGAGAAGCUCAAGGAGCUCCCCGCUCCCAAGGCUGCCGCCUCUGAGGGGGACAAGAACGUCUGCGCCGACUCCGCCAAGCUGGUCCGGACCAAGUGCGAGGAAGACGGCGGCAGCGACUGCGUCGCUCAGGAGGAAAAGAACAGACGGGAGUGCCUCGGGAUGCCGGCCGAGGCUGCCAGCCAGAAUAAUGACAACAAGGGCAGCGGCACUUGCCAGGAGCAGUCGACGCAGAUCUUUGACGAGUGCGUGCAAGCCCUUUCCCCGGAACUCAGAGCCGACAAAGAGGGCUGCUCCAAUAAGGCACGAGAUGCUCUUGCCAAGUGCGAGGCCAAGUCUCCCCCCAUCACAAUCAAAGACGACUGCCGCCGCCACGGCUUCGAAGCCUUUAACAUCUGCAAAAAGGACAGCCCCAAGGAUAUCCGGCGCUGCGGCGAAGUCGGCCGCAAGGCCACGGCAGAUUGCCGCGCUUCCCAGCAGGGGCAGAAGCAGAACUAA